AUGUUAUUAGUUACAAAAAAAUAUAAUUUAGAAAGGCAUUAUAGGCAAACCAUGCUGGUAAUAGGUAGUAUCAGAGGGGAUUAUUUGUUAAAAAAGAGAAGGGAAUUAUUUAAUCGACAAAACAUAUUUGUUAAAAGGCACAACGAGCUCGAAUCCAUGGUCAUAGUCUCUUAUGAAAUUUCUUUACUUUUAGCCAAACAGAAGAAACCUUUUUCUGACGGAGAAAUCGUGAAAGAGGCUUUGACAAUCUUUGCCCUAAAUUGUGAAGAUAAAAAUGUUAAGGCUCAAGCCGAUAGUGUUUCACUCUCACGACACACUUUUACGAGACGGAAGAGAUGGCCGUUGAUAUCAGCGGGCAGAUCCAAGAAAUCGUAA